UCUUUAAUGUGCGAAACAUAAUAUUUUAACACUUUAUAAGAAUGGUUACCUUUGCUCCUGAUGAAAUUGGACUUGUUGACCAGUCAUCCUGCGCUGGUGUUCGGGCUGAUUUAAAAACAUGUUUGUUAAAUAGUGAUUGUUGCAAAAAGGAUAAAAAGACACCACGAGAAUGUUUAAAAGAAGGCAGGGUGCCCGACGAAUGUUUGCAGUUACGACAGAGUUUUUUUGAGUGCAAGCGGUCUAUACUGGAUAAUAGACGAAGAUUUAGGGGUUUAAAGGGAUAUUGAUUUUAUUAAUAUGUAUGAGAAGCUAGUGAGAUUUAAUAUGUUACUUAGUAUUACUAGUUAAUAUAAAUUUGUUAAUUA